CACACAUAUAUAAAUACUAGUGUCUCUAUACAAAGGAAAUUAAAAAAAAAAUGGAGAAUAAUGAUGAAGUGAUUAAUAUUGUAAUGGAAGAGAGUGAUAAUAGUAAGAGUAAUAUUCCAGUGAUUGAUAUGAGAGAGUUUGAAGACUUAUUAGAUUCAGAAAAAGCUUACCAGAAACUGAGGGAAGCUUGUGAGGAAUGGGGUUGUUUCAGGAUCAUCAACCAUGGAAUUCCCACACCUCUAAUGUCUGAAAUGAAGACUGUUGUUCGUUCUCUGCUUGAUCUCCCCGAAGAGAUUAAGCAGAGAAACACUGACGUCGUAACCGGAAGCGGUUACAUGGCGCCGUCUCUAAUGAAUCCUCUUUAUGAGGGUUUAGGCCUCUAUGAUUUUGGUUCACUAGAGGCCCUUAAUUCAUUUUUUGACCAAUUGGAUGCCUCAUCUUAUCAAAGAGAUGUAAUUGAAAAGUAUGCUAAAGGAGUACAUGAGAUGGCCAUGGACAUGGGAAGAAAAUUAGCAAAGAGCCUUGGUGUAAAAAAAAUUGAUCCACUUAAGGAAUGGGUUUGCCAAUUCAGAAUAAACAAGUACAAUUUCAGCCCUGAAUCAGUGGGAUCUUCUGGGGUUCAAUUACACACAGAUUCUGGUUUCUUGACUGUUCUACAAGAAGAUGAAAAUGUUAGUGGACUUGAGAUCAUGAACAAAAAUGGUGAUUUUGUGCCUAUUGAGCCAUGCCCAGGAACUCUAUUACUCAAUCUUGGUGAUGUUGCUAAGGCAUGGAGCAAUGGGAGAUUCUGCAAUGUGAAACAUAGAGUACAAUGCAAAGAAGCAUCAAUUAGAGUAUCAAUAGCUUCAUUUCUUUUGGGACCCAAAAAUGGAACAGUGGAAAUUCCUCAAGAGCUUGUAGAUGAUGAACAUCCUUGUCUCUAUAAACCUUUCAUUUAUGAAGAGUACAGGAGUCUCAGAUUAUCCGAGAAAUUGCAUACUGGUGAAGCUCUUCAAUUCAUAGAAACUCACAAUAUUGCCUAGGGAACAAAACCAACUGGUCUUUCUUUUUUAAUAUGAUAAGAAUAAGAGUUUACUUUAAAAUGGUGCAAGGGUUAGCCUAAGAGUUGAGUUAAUUGUAUGUACCUCAAUUCCUAAUAUGCUUAAGAAUUACUGUUUAUAUUUAAAGAAAGAAAGUUAAGGCCCCAAAAUGAGGUUUGUGACCAAAUUGUUGAGCUGUACUGUAAUGUUCCCUUUACCUUAAUGAAAACUAAUGUAAUAUGAUGAUGAUUACGUUGAGUAUU